AUGGCUCCCUCCAAAGACAAAAAAUCCAAAAACAAGGAAAAACUUCACGAGAAGAGAGACGAAAGCGAUCCAGGCCUGGACAUAGACGAUACAACAACAACAACAACAACGGGUGAAACAACAACAACACAUGGUUCUAAUGUGGGCGACAUCACCAGACAGGACGCAAUCCAGUUAGGCAUCAUUGCGUUUUAUGACCAUGGGGGCCAGUUAGGAACAGUGCACGCCGGCAGACUUCCUGACACCAUAGCUUACAGUUCAUUGAAGAACACUCAGCCUGUCUGCCUUUCCGGGAUUACCAGCUCCUUCAAUCAAAACCCAAACAAAAUGGAUUAUCGUCGUGACUCACAGAUGCCUACAUCUCCAAGGGUACGUUGGAUGGUCCGUUUGAUGUGUGUACUUUCAGUCGGAUGGCUACUCCUCUGGUACGGUUUGUGCAUCGGGCCAGCCUGUCGUCCUUCAAUGCCUGAGGAAGCCAUUCAAGACGAUAGGACUGGCAGACAAUACCUGGUGUACGACUGUAGUUCAGCUCCCUGUGGGGGCUGGGCAGACCGGCUUGAGGGUAUCACUAGUACAUACCUGAUCGCCCUAGCAACUGGUAGAAGCUUCCACAUAAAUAUCACAUACCCAAUAGAUAUACGAGGAUUUCUUCAACAGAACGAGGUGAACUGGGAAAUCGAUCAACUGAAGCUGCUCAACAAAUCAACGCGAUUUUACUCAUAUAUGGACAAUCGAAAUUUCUGUCGUUCCUUGACAAAUAUAGACUUUGAUCACAACCAUCCAGAAGAUGUUGUUCGCCUAAGAAUGAACGCGAUUGGCUCGUAUUAUCUGAACCAAAAUACAAAGUAUAAACAGCAAUUACUACCGUUUUUAAACAAAUCUCUGGCGUCUACCUUUUCUACUAUUCACAGACGGCUAUUCCGGUUCUCUGAGGAGCUCAACACAAGAUUGUCAGCAUUUAUGAACAUAAAGCUUAAUCAGGGGAAAAAUCUGGUUUGUGUGCAAAUACGUAUUGGUUCUGCUGUCGAAAAACGAUCUUACGUCAGCAUCAGUGACUUGAAACCUUUUUGGGAAUUCAUCAAAACAAGGAUCACACAAGACGGAGAUGUACGGAUUUUCGUAGCCACGGAUUCCGAGGCAGUUGUCAAGGAGAGUCUUCGACGAUUCGGAUGGCGGGUAUUAACGGUAGAGGGACAUGCAGACCACAUUGACAAGUCUGACAGAAAGGAUGUUGCGGGUGGCUUCUGGAAGACUCUCACAGAUUUCUAUGCCUUAGAGAUGUGUGACACUCUCGUCUUGUCAAUAUGGAGCAGUUUUGGCAGACUACCGGCUUUCCUUCGAGGGAGAGACGACGGUUUGUAUGUUUUUCAAAAUCACCAAAUCCAACGGACAAGUCUGAAAGACAUUGAAGACGAAUACCUGCAACGGGUGGUGCUGUAAAAAUUAAAGAAUCUUUUAUCGGCUUUAUAUCGAAAGAGACAGUUGUCUUCGACGACAACGACGACAUCAUUGCAUGCAGCCUUCCAUCUUCCAUUAUUUGGUGGUACAAUCCAGCACAUCGAUUGUAUCAAAUCUGACAGUGAAGCAUAAUUUCGAUAGGCCUGGUUCAUUUACAUUGUUUUUAUGUCAUUGUUUAUAUCAAAUGUGCUGACAACACCGCAUUUUGAGUAAUUCUAGAACACCGAUAAAUUGUAAUAAACUACAAUUAACAUCACUGCAUUUUUUUUAACCUAAUUCUUUUGAAGCCAUGGUGGUAGGGGGCGUGUAAGUCGCUACUAUAUAUGCAUUUA